GCUAAAGUAUCGAGCACUGAUCAUAAGCUUCACUGCGUAGACGACGCGUCGUCUUAUUUGAAAUUGGACGUGAAAUUAUAGGCGCUGGAAUAUGGAAGAAUGGAUAUGAAAAGUGGGAGAAGUAUAUAACGUGGCAAUAAGUUAAAUCCAAACUUACUGGAUUUAAUUAUAUGCGUAUGAUACACGCCACAUGUACCAUAUGAGAGCUAGAUAGCCCGGCCAUUUAUCCCAUGUUUAUUGGCAGCAUGAAGGUACAAUUCUUAUUUUGUAUCGCAGCUGCGUUGCUGGUUGCAGCUUACGGAGAAGAGGAUGAUAAUGAUGGAGCUCGACUUCUAGUAGCCAAACUUAUUCACAACAAAUAUCUGGUGGAAAAUAUGGAUGUUAUUGUUAAAUAUACAGUAUAUAACACCGGUAAUGCGGCUGCUCUCGAAGUUGAAAUCACUGAUAAUUCCUUUGAUCCAGAUAAUUUUGCUCAUAUGAGCGGUGAACUAAAUGCACGAAUUGAUCGUGUUCCACCCAACACUAAUGUCACACACACUGUUGUUGUAAGGCCAAGAAAACCUGGAUAUUUCAAUUUUACUUCUGCAGAAGUUCUGUAUCGUAGGAAAGAAGAUGCUCCAAGGUUACAAGUUGCUGAUAGUAGUGAACCUGGUUUAGCAUAUUUCACAUCAUAUAAGGAAUAUGAUAAAAAAUUUUCUUCACACGUUGUUGAUUGGGCUGCAUUUGCAGUCAUGACUCUACCAUCGCUAGCCAUUCCAUUCGCUCUUUGGUUCUCUAGCAAACGCAAAUACGAAAAGUUGUCAAGAAACACAAAAAAACACUGAAUCUUUUGUAAAUUUAUACUCUUAAUUAGAACAAAAAAAAUUAUAUUUUACGUGAUUGAGAGAGGUGCGACUGUUCGUUAUGUACUUUGAAUUUUGUAAUAAAUAUUAUUUAUAAAUA